GGGUCGGAGCUGAGGAGUUUGUCCCGGCAGGGCUGUGGGAGCAGAGGCCUCGCGGGGAACGGACGUGGUGAAACGGAGCGGGGAGAGCGCUGCGUUCAGAGCCGUCCUCGACCAUCUGGGGAUAAAACCCUGGUUUCAAAAUGCCCGGUCCCAAGGGAGCGUGGAUGCCCGCAGGCUUGUUCUACCCAUUGCCCCGGGGGCGCGGGUGGGCUGGGACUGGGACUUGCCGUCUCGCUCCUGCCCCGAGCAGCCUCUCUCUCGCCAUGGGACUGUCUUGAAAGUUGGGGUUCCCCAUGAGCUACCCCAUGGACCCCCCUACAGAGGCAUCUUAUUCCUGUGUGCAGCCCUGAGCCGACUCAGGCUCUAGCGAAAUACCCAAACUACUCUGAAGCAGGAGGAUUUCUAGGGGGGAUUUUCCUCAUCUGGGCUUUUCCUGUUCACCGCUCCCAGACCCCCGCCGGGCAUUACACAGGCUGACUGCGCUCCUCUCUGCACCGGCAGACCCCUGCUUAAUUGACCCCUGGACUGGAACUGCCAGAGACCCUGAUGGACACGAAGUGGGUGACCUCUGAGUUGCAAUGGACAACUCAUCCGGAGACGGGGUGGGAAGAAGUCAGCGGUUACGAUGAGGCCAUGAACCCCAUCCGCACGUACCAGGUGUGCAACGUGCGGGAGGCCAACCAGAACAACUGGCUUCGCACCAAGUUCAUCCACCGCCAGGACGUUCAGCGCGUCUACGUGGAGCUCAAGUUCACUGUGCGGGACUGCAACAGCAUCCCGAACAUCCCCGGCUCCUGCAAAGAGACUUUCAACCUCUUCUAUUAUGAGUCGGAUACUGAUUCUGCCUCUGCAAAUAGCCCUUUCUGGAUGGAGAACCCCUAUAUCAAAGUGGAUACAAUUGCCCCAGAUGAGAGCUUCUCCAAACUGGAGUCUGGCCGUGUGAACACCAAGGUGCGCAGCUUUGGCCCUCUCUCCAAAAAUGGCUUUUACCUGGCCUUCCAGGACCUGGGAGCCUGCAUGUCCCUCAUCUCCGUCCGGGCUUUCUACAAGAAAUGCUCCAACACCAUUGCUGGCUUUGCUAUUUUCCCGGAGACUUUAACCGGGGCUGAGCCCACUUCUCUGGUCAUCGCACCGGGCACCUGCAUCCCCAACGCAGUGGAGGUGUCUGUACCCCUGAAGCUGUACUGCAAUGGGGACGGUGAGUGGAUGGUACCUGUGGGAGCGUGUACGUGUGCUGCUGGAUACGAGCCGACCAUGAAGGAUACUCAGUGCCAAGCGUGUGGCCCGGGAACCUUCAAAUCUAAGCAGGGGGAAGGUCCCUGCUCUCCCUGCCCUCCCAACAGCCGGACCACCUCUGGAGCAGCAACAGUCUGCACAUGUCGAAACGGCUUUUUCCGGGCGGACACGGACCCCGCAGACAGCGCCUGCACCAGCAUCCCCUCUGCCCCUCGCAGUGUCAUCUCCAAUGUCAACGAGACGUCGCUGGUGCUGGAGUGGAGCGAGCCGCAGGACACAGGUGGGCGGGAUGACCUGCUCUACAACGUCAUCUGCAAGAAGUGCAGCGUGGAGCGGCGCCUGUGCACCCGCUGCGAUGACAACGUGGAGUUCGUGCCACGCCAGCUUGGCCUCACCGAGCGGCGCAUCUACAUCAGCAACCUGAUGGCUCACACCCAGUACACCUUCGAGAUCCAGGCUGUGAACGGCAUCUCCAACAAGAGCCCCUACCCUCCCCAUUUUGCCUCCGUCAACAUCACCACCAACCAGGCAGCCCCGUCUGCCGUGCCUACAAUGCACCUGCACAGCAGCACCGGGAACAGUAUGACACUGUCGUGGACUCCCCCGGAGAGACCCAACGGCAUCAUUCUUGACUAUGAGAUCAAGUACUCGGAGAAGCAAGGCCAGAGUGAUGGCAUUGCCAACACGGUCACGAGCCAGAAGAACUCAGUGCGGCUGGACGGGCUGAAGGCCAAUGCUCGGUAUAUGGUGCAGGUCCGGGCACGCACGGUGGCUGGAUACGGCCGCUACAGCCUCCCCACGGAGUUUCAGACAACUGCAGAGGACGGCUCCACUAGCAAGACUUUCCAGGAGCUGCCUCUGAUCGUGGGUUCAGCCACUGCAGGGCUGCUGUUCGUCAUUGUUGUGGUGAUCAUCGCUAUCGUCUGCUUCAGGAAAGGGAUGGUUACUGAACAGCUCCUCUCGUCUCCUUUGGGCAGGAAGCAACGCAACAGCACGGACCCCGAGUACACAGAGAAGCUGCAGCAAUACGUUGCCCCUGGGAUGAAGGUCUACAUUGACCCCUUCACUUAUGAGGAUCCCAACGAAGCCGUCCGGGAAUUCGCCAAAGAGAUUGACAUCUCCUGUGUCAAAAUUGAGGAGGUCAUUGGAGCAGGGGAGUUUGGUGAGGUGUGCCGUGGGCGCCUGAAGCUGCCUGGCCGCCGUGAGAUCUUUGUGGCCAUCAAGACGCUGAAGGUGGGCUACACAGAGCGGCAGCGGCGGGACUUCCUGAGUGAGGCCAGCAUCAUGGGCCAGUUUGACCACCCCAACAUCAUCCACCUGGAGGGUGUGGUGACCAAGAGCCGCCCCGUCAUGAUCAUCACAGAGUUUAUGGAGAACUGUGCACUCGACUCCUUCCUCCGGCUGAAUGACGGGCAGUUCACGGUCAUCCAGCUGGUGGGGAUGCUGCGAGGCAUCGCCGCUGGCAUGAAGUACCUUUCGGAGAUGAACUAUGUGCACCGGGAUCUUGCUGCCCGCAACAUCCUGGUCAACAGCAACUUAGUCUGCAAAGUGUCUGACUUCGGGCUUUCUCGCUUUUUGGAGGAUGACCCAGCUGACCCCACCUACACCAGCUCCCUGGGGGGUAAGAUCCCAAUCAGAUGGACGGCUCCUGAGGCCAUUGCCUACCGCAAAUUCACUUCAGCCAGCGACGUGUGGAGCUACGGCAUCGUCAUGUGGGAAGUGAUGUCCUACGGGGAGCGACCCUACUGGGACAUGUCCAACCAGGACGUGAUCAACGCGGUGGAGCAGGAUUACCGCCUGCCACCUCCCAUGGACUGCCCCACAGCGCUGCACCAGCUGAUGCUGGACUGCUGGGUGCGGGACCGCAACCUGCGGCCCAAGUUUGCACAAAUUGUCAACACGCUGGACAAGCUCAUCCGCAACGCUGCCAGCCUGAAAGUCAUUGCCAGCGUCCAGUCUGGCAUCUCCCAGCCACUCCUGGACCGAACUAUCCCGGAUUACACCACCUUUACCACCGUGGGAGACUGGCUGGACGCCAUCAAAAUGGGACGGUACAAGGAGAACUUUGUCAACGCCGGCUUUGCCUCCUUUGACCUGGUGGCACAGAUGACUGCAGAAGACCUGCUGAGGAUAGGGGUAACGCUAGCAGGGCACCAGAAGAAGAUCCUGAGCAGCAUCCAGGACAUGAGGUUGCAGAUGAACCAGACGCUCCCGGUGCAGGUUUGACCACAGGGGACUCUGCAUUGGAACGGACCGAGGGAACCUGCCAACCAGGUUCAGUUUGCGGUGCAGCCAGGCUUCCCGUUUCCCCCUUCACACGGCGCUCCUCUGCCUCGGAUGGUCGCCUGGGACGGGAUGGGACACCCUUCCCUGGAUCGGAGGCACUCGUGCCGAGAGGGAGCCCAGCUUUUCGUCCCGUGUCCUGGAGCGGCGAGGCAGCAACGCGUCUUCAUAUUGAAGAUGGAUUAUGGGACAGAGAUGGCACAUCCCACUUCCCGCCCUGUCUCGGUGCUCAUCAGUUUGAAGAGUUGUUCUGCUUCUUGGAUUUAUUUUCACCCCGUUUU